CGCGAACCGGCCUCUUUUCAUAACCAUACCAGCCUACGCCAACGAGGUGGCGAACGAGCGGUUGGACCUGCCUCCCGUUCCGUCCCCGCCCGGCAGCAUGCUCGUCAACGUCAUGUCCGUCGUGGACCAGGUGACAUCGACGGUGCCGCUGCCCGUCAUGCUCAUGAUGAACGCCCUGCGCGCCGGGGAGCUCCCCGACGGCGUCGCCUUGCUCCAGAUCAUGCCGUGCAGCGAGCACGGGGUCGAACCCGCGGGGCAGCGCAUCUUCUCCCUGUGGCAGGGCGCCGACGUCGACGCCGUCGCCGCCGCCGUGGAGGCUCUCAUCGGCGACGACUGCACCAGCACGUGCUUCCCCGUCAUGGAAGAUCACAUGUACGGGGUCGGGCGCGAGAGCGUCGAGGAGAAGACCGCGAGGCUGGCGCGCAAGGCGGGCGCCAACCUCCUCGCGUUCGACAAGCGCGUCGGCAUCUCGGCCACCGUCACCGCCGCCGCGGUGGCCACCGUCACGAAGGUCAAGUCCCUGUCCGCGCCCAAGCAACCCAGGGAUGGCGACGGCGCCGAGCCCGACCCCAACGCCGCCCCGGACAAGACCUCGCUCAAGUACGUCCAAGAGAACGUCUCCAAGGAGUUCCAAAAGGUCAACGAGGAGGUGCUCAAGCCCGCGGCGGAGGCCACGACGAAGGCGGCGACGGACACGUGGAACACGGUGUCCACAGCCGUGGGCGGCUUGUUUGCGAAGAAAGACGAAGCGAACGGCGCGAACGGCGCAAACGUCCCGGUGCCGCCGCCGUCGGCGGUGAUGGGCGCAUCCGCGGUGGACGACGUGGCGGUGGAGACGAAGACGAUCGAGGAGGUGGUGGCGAAGACGAACGACGGCGGCGGCGGCGAGGGGGGAGGGGGAGGAGGGGUCGGGGAGAUCGACGAGGAACCGCCGGCGUCGCCCGUGCCCACGUCGGAAAGGCCCGUCGCGUGAUUGACUUUCGCGGUCGUCUUGAUGUGAGUGUUACGCCGACGCCCUCGCCGCGCGGGGCGCCGCGUGUUUUGAUAUGUACAUCGACAAUGAUUUCUGUU